GUGAGGCACACUUUAAGCGCGCUAGUCAAUUUUUGUACGACUGAAUUAAUCUCCGAGGUCAUAGAAAGAAGGUUCAAAAACUGCGAUCGAAUAAACUGAGUGGGGCUCCAUUUUUCUCAUCGAGUGGUCAUUGGCCCAAACGUCUUGCUUGAACAAGUGGUAUCAGUCACAUCAGUGAACAUUUUAAAUGAGAAAUUGCACCUGCAGUGGAAAACAAGCUCCAAGGAUUAACACAUGUCCACCGACCUACUAUUCGUAUUACUAAACGCUGAAGUUCUUAUAAAAUAUUCUGGCUAACACUGACGAUUUUUUUAUACGUUUUGUCAAGAACUAUUAAUAACGAAGAAAAUAUCUACUUAAGUUGAUUAUAUUGAGGUGAAGUUCGCCUGUCUGGUUGCACUCAGUCCAAACAAAUAAAACCUCACAUAGUUUAUGUGGAGUCACUGAAUUGUGCAAUUAUUUUGUUUAUUCCUGUAUUCACAACUGCGGUGUUUUAUCUCUAAAUGCUUUACUUAGUUCUAAUGAAGAUUACGAUUACUGUCUCACUAGAAAUAAGAUGUUUUAAAAGGUAUCUCGUUAUAAGUAGAGAGUAGUUAUUAACGAUCAAAAGUUAGAUUCCUUCAGACCAGUUUUCCACUCAUCCACUAAAGUGUAUUUCUUUGAUUUUAGGCACGCAAUACUACUUAAGAGGCUGUUAAUCGGUUCCAAUCUUUCAUUUAUGACCACAGCACGAGUAGUGAUGGAUACUGGCAACACGGUGCUUUCUGAAAAACAUAGUAAACCUGGUGUAAUAAUGCCAGGUCAUAAGUGUCCUGUUUGUCCUCAUUCCUGUGCUUCUCAAUCUGGACUAAUAGGUCAUCUAACUUUAAAACAUAAAGAGCGUUUGGCCGCUGUUUGCAAAGUUUGUCAACAGAUCUUUGCAUCGGAUGCUAUAGGUUCUCAUGUACUUACAUGCAAGGGUAGCUAUUCCUGUCCUUACUGUCGUGCUACGUUUUCGUCGCCCUCUUAUUUACAGCGUCACAUCUCCAGGCGUCACGAGAUUUUUGAUCGCCCCACCUGUAGUGUUUGUGGAAAGGGUUUCUCAUCGACCAAUUCAUUAGCUGUUCAUAAGAGAUUGCACCGAAAUUAUAUGCCACACUAUUGCCAGCUUUGCAAUGCGAAUUUUGCUCAAAAAAGUCAUCUUAAAUUGCAUUUAGACUCUCAUCAUGCCUAUGUCGAAUUAGAAGAGACACGGAAACCUUUUGUGUGCAAAACCUGCGAUCGUGGAUUUCUGUUUAUUAUCAGUUUGCAACGACACCUAUUACAGCAUUGUAAGCUUAGUCCUAAAAAGUUACUGCCAUGCAAAGUCUGCAAAAAAAACUUUGCUCAUCAAAGUGAACUAGAACGCCACAGCAUAAUUCACACCAAGUGCUCACCAUACCAAUGCUCAUUUUGUUCUCGUACGUUCACGCGUCCUAACUUGUUGAAGAACCAUGCUUUGUUACACACCGAUCCAAGUCUUCUAACCUGCUGUUACUGUUCUCGAGUCUAUGCUUCUCGUGCUUAUUUGCUACAGCAUAUAAAGAAGCAUGAAGAAAAACUGCAAAUAUAUCCAAUUCCAAGUUUAGGUACAACUUCCAUUUCAGAGAUAGAAACAAGUAUCCUUGAUGAUUGCAGAGUAAAUGUACCAAAUGAGAUGGAUAAGGUAUGUGAAGGUUCGACAUUCAAGGACUUGUGUAAUGAUCAAGUCGUUUCCCCAGAUGUCGACUUUCUACAUUCGUUGUUAUAUGGACAAAAUAUGAGUUGAUACACAGACUGUUACGUGUAGUUAGACUUUUAUCAGUGAUUUAGCUACCUAGUCUUCCCUAGUUCAGUAUUCUUGCAGUCCACAAUCUUCGAACUAUACAAAUCGAUUUCGUGUUCUAGUUAAUUUUCAUUUACGUACGUUGGUUUUACAUUGCAUUGCAGCAUACUUUUCGCCAUCAGCCGAUUACAACUUAUUGCAUUUUUAGCUUUAAAGUCUUUCGAGGAUAGCUCGCCUUUCCGAUUUACAGUAAUCUAUUUGGGCAUUUUUUGUUCUUAUUUAACUUGUACGAAAUUCGCUUCAGCUUAUUCUGUAAUUGUUACUUACAACCGUUUAAGUUGAUUAAAUGACUAUUUAUUUAUUAGAUUUACUUCCUUCCCGCACUAUAUUUCGUUUUGUGAUAGCUAUUGUAUUUACCAAGUGUUACCGAAUUCUUCGACGAGCAGUUACGAUCUAGGUCCCAUGCUUUCGUUUUAAAAUCAUAAUCCGGUUCUUUUUUUGAACCUUGUGUCUUUCUGCGGAGUUGGAAUCGUAGUUGUUUUUAUGCGGUCUUCAGCUCCUUUCCAACUUCCUCAGUGAUGAGAAGAUUAUAAGUUAUUUCUUGUCUAUUGUACAUCGAUGUACGUCAUCUAUAUUUUUGUAAGUUAUCGACCGAACUUACAUAAUGUCAGGACAUAACUGCCUGAUCGAUAUCGUUUGGUUUUUAUAUGUAUCUCUUUUUGUUGUUGAUUUUUUACGCUGCUCUUAUGCAUUUUACAUGUUUUCUGUAAAAAAUACUGUUUACAAUAAAGUUUUCAAAAUUAA